UGGGGGAGGAGACCAAAAGCUGUAACAGCAGAGGAGAAGGAUUUCAGAAGGAGAAAGAUUUAAAGCAGCUAAGGUGUGUGUGUGUGUGUGUGUGUGAGAGAGAGAGAGAGAGAGAGAGAGAGAGAGUUAAUAUAUAUAUAUAUAUUUUUUUUUUUUGUUGUAAAUUUUGUGGAAGAAUGAAGGCUCUACAGAAGAAUCAGGGGCGCACUGACCAGAUGUUGGGAGCCAUGGCUGACAUGUUGACUUCCUUGGCCAUGCCCAGUCAACAGUGGCUUACAGAGGGUGGUGAAGAAGACCCCCCGGUGAGUGAGGAGGGCAAGGGUCCUGUCCUAAACCAGUGGGAGGCAGAGGGCCUAGACUGGGAGCAGGCCACCACAGAUAACUCAGAAAGAAGAGAAAGAACAGACUCAUACUCAGCAGCAGGAAGCGAAGGCAGCAUCUCCACCUCGGUUGCGUCGCUGCCUCCACAGGCGUCAGGCAGCUCAGCCCCCAGCUCCCCAGGCUCCAAGCGUUCUGUGAGCACCCUAAAGAAAUGGCUGACCAACCCCGUCCGCAAGCUCAGCACUGGAGCCAUGGCCAAAGGGGAGCGACAGGUCCACAAACUGGAAGGAAAGCCCCCACCUCUUCCUCCUCAUAGCCCCAGCCAGGACCUGGGCAGCCCCCCGGAGCCUGAUGAGCCCCUCACCAUCCUGCCUGUCACACACAGAGAUCUGGAGUGGAAAGAUGGCCUGGCGAGCCCAGAAGACCUGUCCCCUGCCAUGCUACAAUCACCAGGCUACCUAACUGACUCGCUGAAGGGCUGCACCUCGCUGCCCCACACCCAGGAUACUCUGUCCACCAGUGUCCUACCUGAUGACAGCGGCUCUGUCUUGAUGGACGACACCUCCAGUCAAUCGUCAGCUGUGGCAGACACUGAGGAGGAGAGGAAGAGUGCCUUAGAGAAAAGCAUGUACGUACUGAAGGAGCUGAUUGAAACGGAGAAUCAUUAUGUGGCGGACUUGGGGCUCAUAGUGCAGGGCUACAUGGCUACUAUGAGCUCUAAAGGCGUACCAGAGGACAUGAAGGGAAAAGACAAGAUCGUCUUUGGGAACAUUCACCAAAUCUACGACUGGCAUAAAGACUACUUCCUGGGUGAGCUGGAGAAGUGUUUGGCAGAGCCAGAGAGACUGGCCCAACUCUUCAUUAAACAUGAGAGGCGUCUGCACAUGUACGUCGUGUACUGUCAGAACAAGCCCAAGUCUGAGCACAUUGUCUCAGAGUACAUUGAGACUUACUUUGAGGAGUUACGGCAGCAGCUGGGUCACAGGCUGCAGCUCAACGACCUGCUCAUCAAACCUGUCCAGAGGAUCAUGAAGUACCAGCUGCUGCUCAAGGACUUCCUGAAGUACUACACUAAGGCAGGGAUGGACACAGAGGAGCUGGAGAAAGCAGUAGAAGUGAUGUGCUUCGUGCCAAAACGCUGCAAUGACAUGAUGAAUGUCGGCCGACUACAAGGUUUUGAGGGGAAGAUCACAGCCCAAGGCAAGUUGCUCCAGCAGGACACCUUCACUGUUACAGAGCAGGACAGUGGCUUCCUGUCCCGGGCCAAAGAGAGACGGGUCUUCCUGUUUGAGCAACUGGUCAUCUUCAGCGAGCCAAUCGACAGGAAGAAAGGGUUCCUACUGCCUGGCUACACCUUUAAGAACAGCGUCAAGGUGAGCUGUCUGGGGGUGGAGCCCACCGUGGAGGGUGAUGCCGGGCGCUUUGUGCUGACAUCACGCAAUACCGACGGGAGCCUAGUGCGCUUCCAGCUGCAGGCCUCCUCUCCUGAGAUCUGUCAGGCUUGGGUCAACGAUGUAGGCCAGAUCCUGGAGACCCAGCGCAACUUCCUCAACGCCUUACAGUCGCCUAUUGAGUACCAGCGGCGGGAGAGCAAGUCCAACAGCCUGGGCCGCAUCAUGAGACCCCCUCUGUCUGCUGCCACAGCCCUGAGGCCACACUCCUCGGCUUCAAUCGAUCGCCAGAAGUUACCCUGCCUGCACUCCCACAACACGUCCCUGCCCGCCCUCUACCUGCCCAGCCAGAGCCAAGGACAAGGGCCUAGCGAGACACACUCCUUCCGCGAGCCUAUCAUGGUCCAUUCAAGCCCCACUGACCCCCAGACUGUCUCUCCGUCUCACGUCCAACUGGCCUUUACUGAUCAGCCAAACUGUCAAGCUGUGUCAAAUGGACUCUGCGCAGCCGCCCUACAAAGUGCACAGCAGAGAGCAGGAGAGGGCUGCCGAAGGGGCAUGGCUGCUGAAGGUGGUAGCCACGCUCCAGUGUCUGGCUCUGGGCCCUCAUCAGGGCGCCGUUCAAGCAACCUGACCCAGCUGGCUGAGGACGACCUAUGAACUAUAACACAAUCCAUCUCCCGGGGCCAGGAGGACAGUGGCUAACAUCACAUUGCUGAGGGGAUAGAGAAGGACUCCUGUACCAUCUGUUUACGUUGUUUUAGUCAGGUUGGACCCUAUCUUCUGUGAUGAUUUUCUCUGGAGGACAAUGAAGGAGUAUAACAUGGAGUAUAUGAAGGAAUAAUGAGCUGCAACUAUAAAGUGACUUGGCUCCCAUUUUGAGAGAGCUUUUAACUGUGAGGCGACUCGCCUUUGCCACCGCUAAUGUAUACGAACAGCACCCAGUUGAUGAAAAUGUCUCUGGACAAUGAGUGUUAUGGCAGUUCCUACUUUUUAUGGUUUUUUUGGGGGGGGGGAUUUGUAUAUCUUACUCUUUUAUCUGUCAAAUGGCAAGUGGAAUUUGUUCAACUAAGAAAAAUUAUCCAUUCCUGAUUUGGGUGGUCACUGGAGUUGUAUGCGCUUGAAAUGUGUACGUUUGUGCACCAAUGUCUAUGUGUGUGAGUGUAUGAGGGUGUGUGCAGGAUAGGCAGUGGCGUUUCUUGCAAUCAUCCUUCAAAAAUGUCUCUAUCAACACUCUAUGAUCUAAAGAAGAGCAGUUUUUGGCUUUUCUUUUUUCUUUUUUAGUGUUUUUUUUCACUGUGUUGGAUUUUUCUGAUACCCCUUUCUGAAGACCUUUAUCUUCAGAUGUUUGUAAAGUCGUUUUUCUGCUGACAGUUACAUUGGCUGUUGACAAAAGCGGCAAAGGCCGAACACUUGACGUGAACAUGGCCCAAAGAGUGGACUUGCUCCAGCUGAAGAAGUUUCUUUCCUCCUAGUGCUGAAAGCCUCCAUGCUCUGUUAUUCUGUUUGACUGGGAUUGGCUCGUUUGAUCUGGGCAAAAAAGAGAACGAGGGAGCCCUCUUGAGGUCCUCUGUGGGUAUGACGUCACUUCGGAGUACUUGCUCUUUGGGCAACUCCUGUCAAGCCGCUGAAGGUCAGACAGUGGCAUGAGAUGUUGACUGUGAUGGAGACAAGAAGACUUGGCCAUUUUAAAGAGACUGCUGGGCUGACCCAUCGGGUCGCCCGCAUCACCUCGUGGGCAACUAGGACUGACAAAACUGCAUCAGACACGUCUUCCUUUCCAGGCCAAAAGGAGUUGCUUGUAGUUUAGAGGGCAUCAGUCCUCGCUCACAAAAUGCAUUGGUUUAAGCUAAUAUGAAAUAGAAAUUUUUUAUUCGUCAAGCUCAGUGUUGUCAUGUCAAGGCUGCGCACCAUUUCAAUAAUCUCUGUUGGCGUUUGCCAUCACAUACUACAAUUCUGUACAGUGCUUACCAAAAUGCCAAGCUUACGUUUCCACUUGUUCGAUGAAGACUGAGAGAAGGAAAUUAGUCAAUUGGAUAGUUCAGCCUAGUCAAUAUGAAGGUUAUGCAAUUACUUGAACAAAGACAGAGGCUAAAUUUGCAUGAUCUCUUCUUCUGAGACUACAAUGCCAAAAAAAAGAAGAAAAAACGAGCAUGCCACUCAAAAUCUUCACUCUCUUGCUUCAUAGUUCAGGUGACAUUAGUUCAAUACGUUAUGAUGCACCAGUCAUGAAUGUGUGACUGCAUUCAUCUCCUGUAGAAAAACAGGAGAUGAAAUCAGGUGGGAGGUGGUCCCCUCAAUGUCAGACCAGUUCUUUGUGGCGGCCAGGAGAGGUCCCCACAAGACUUUCAAAUCCAGAUCAGUUAGAUCCCACAGCUCCGCCAAAGAUCAAUAGACCUCAUGUUUCAAUGCCCUCUCAGAAGCAAAUGCUGCUUAGCAAUCUAUCCCCAACCAAACCUAACGUCACAGAGGGAGGAAUAAGCUUAGAAACUAGAUGUGCGUAACCAACUCACAAAGCCCAUCAACAGUUAACGUGAACUGGCAUGUUUUCAUUUGAUCAGGCAUUUUUGCAUGUUACACAAAGGAAUACCACUACAGAGAACCAAGAGAGGCAAACUAAUGCAAGACCAAGAAAAGGGUUUGUCGAUGCCAUGUCUGACUGGGUAGAAUCUGUUGUAGCAUAUCAGAAAUAAUAAAAAAAGUGUUUUUGAAAUAAAUUCAA